UCACUGCAGGUUCUCACCCUUUGCCGCGCGGCCAGCACCAUGUGGCGUCUGGCCUGGGCCCUGUUCCUCCCAGGUGCCCUGGGCAGCUGCCAGCGCCCCGUGGAGAUGCCUGCAACGCUGCUGGCCUGGCCAGGCUCCUGCCUGCAGAUCCCAUGCCGCUACCAGGCCUGCUUCACCCCCUUCAGCAAUAGCAACCCAGGGCUUGUGCAGACCCUCGUCUGGUACCACAACCCCCGCUGGGACCCCCAGACCCGCGGCUACAACGGCAUGGAGCUGGCCCGGAUCAAGGCUGCUGCGCAGCCGGUCUUAGCCUCCAACGUCUCCUUCCUGGGCGACCUCAAGGGUAACUGCAGCCUCCUCAUCUGGGAUGUGGGGGUUGGAGACAAUGGCACCUAUGGGGUCUGGGUCAAUGCCUCCCACCCCCAAAUGAAGACAGUGAAGCCAAAAGAGGAGCGGCACCAGCGGUGGAUGGAGAAGAUUGAGGUGGAGGUGGCAGCGGGCCGCCCCACGCUCCGCCUUGAGGGUUCGGGGCAGCUGCGGGAGGGGGCUCUGGCCCAGCUGCACUGCUCCCUGCCCCACCACUGCCCCCCGCGGCCCCUGAGCCUGGCCUGGGGGGGCCUGGAGGGCCUGCGGGGGACACGGUCCCAAUCCUGGGCCCAGCUGGACAUAGGCGGCGCUGAGACUGUGGCCCGGCUGGACCUCACCCCCCAGCGUGGGGACCACGGCCAUGUCCUCACCUGCGCCCUGGAUGCCCCCGGUGCCCCCGUUGCAAGCCUGAAGCUGCACGUGCUCUACCCGCCAAGCAACGUGACGCUGACGGCGAUGCCAGGGCCAGUGGUGACCGAAGGGCAGUCUGUGCGGCUGCGCUGCGACGUGCUCGGGGGCGCCAACCCCGCCAUCUCCCAGUACCGCUGGACCCGGAACUGGGAAGUCCUGGAAGAGAAGAGCCCUCAGCUGGAAUUCACAGCCCAGGUGCCUGGUUCCACUGGCACCUACUGCUGCACAGCCCAGAACGAUGAAGGCAGGGACUCGUCCCCCGGCCUCAACCUCCGAGUACAGUAUGCCCCGCGGGCCGUGGUGGUGAUGCUGGAGACGGUGUUGCCUGCGCACGCGGGGGCGCCCGCAGCGCUGCUCUGCUCCUGCCAGGCUGAGCCACCGGCCGCCAAUUUCCACUGGUUCCGGGAAGGGCAGGAGCUGCCGGGGCAGGAUCAGGCCCAGCUGCAGCUGAGCCCGGCCCAGCCCAAGGAUGCCGGCGCCUAUGUGUGCCAGGCCCAUAACAGCCUUGGCACCGCCCGUUCUGCACCCUUUGACCUCGUUGUGCUGUACCCUCCGGAGGCCGUGUGGCUGGCGCUGGAGCCCGAGGGGCAGGUGCUGGAGGGCACGGGUGUGCGGCUGAGCUGUGCCGGGGGGGAUGCCCGCCCUGCACCCACCUGGGCCUGGUACCGCGACGGGCGCCCCCUGCCACUCCACCUGCCUGGGCCCAUGCUGGAGCUGAGUGUUGGCCCCCAGCACCGUGGUGCCUACUUCUGUGAGGCCCAAAACAAGCUGGGCACCACCCGAUCCCUCCCUGCCAUCCUCGAUGUGCUCUUCCGGCCAAGGGAGGUGCAGGUGGAGCUGCAGGCAGGGAGGAGGGUGCUGGCCGGGACCCCUGUGGAGAUGCGCUGUGCCGUGGGCAGUGCCCAGCCCCCACCCACCACCUUCACCUGGUUCCUUGACAAUGCCACACUGGGCCCCCCUGGCCCCGAUUCGGCUCUGCACCUGCCCCAUGCCCACCCCCACCAUGCUGGGCACUAUCACUGUCGUGCCGAGAACAUCGCUGGCGCCACCAACAGCUCCCCCUGCUUCCUCAGCGUCUGGUACCCUCCACAAGCAGUGCGGUUGUUGGCGGAGCCGGGCGGGCGCCUGGUGGAGGGGGGCGCUGCGAUGCUGCACUGCGAGGCCAAGGCGUGGCCCCACCCCCACCGCUACGACUGGUACCGCGAUGGGGUGUGGCUGGGCUGGGGGGCCGACCCAGCCUGGCCUUUGCCCCGCCUCCAGCUUCAAGCCACUGGGACCUACCACUGCCGGGCCACCAACCAGGUGGGGGCCACCGACGGUCCCCACCUUGUCCUCACCGUGAGGAAGCGGCAGCAGGUGCCCAACGACAUUGUCCCGGUGGUCGGGGGUCAAAGGUCAUUCCGGGUCAAGCGCAAGAAGAUGCGGGACCAAGAGGGCGGAGCCAGGCUGGGGUUCCGCCCCUCGGGUCCCCCAGGGACCCCUGACGAUGCCCUCAACUACUCAGAGAUCCGGUUCCCCCCUGGCUCCCAUGACGGGCCGGCCGCCUCCCCCAGAAUGCUGCGGGGCGACACUGUGGUCUACAGUGUCCUAAAAAAGCCGGACGGGCCCCAGAAGGCCGAGGCACGGGGCGACUACGAGAAUGUGGGGCCAGCCGAGGAGCCCGAGCUCCAUUAUUGCUCCCUGGUGCUGCCUGUACGCCCUGUGCGCCGCCCUGACCCCGCCUGGGACUCGGACUCGGACUCGGGGGGCAGCGUGCAGUACGCUGCCCUACGGCACUGAGCACCCUGCACCCAUCUCUGGGGG